AAUAACAGUUGGCAUAGUGCACAAAAUGUCACUGAUUAAGAGAGGGAUAAUAAAGCGUGACCGAUUUGGCCAAGAUAAAAAUACUUUGCAUAUAUAUUCGAGUAGUUCAAAACGUCAACAUUAUCAAACCAUUUCGAAAGUAGUAGUAAUAUUCAAUUAACUAUUUAUUAGUGCUCAUAAUCAACCAUUGUCACUUCAACAUACAAUUUCAUUAAUCGUUUCUGAUUUAAUUCUCUUUCUACCGGAGAAACAACAAACUCCCGCUUGGUUUUAUCAUAUUGUUAUUACUGGCACUACUGUUUACUAGUGAAAUAAUGCAAAACACUUAUUCAAGUUAUUAUAAUGAAUAUCUACGUUCAUUUAUUGUAGGUCAUCUGUUAUCCAUCAAUAUAUUAAGAACAUAUUAUGUAUAAAUUAAAAUGAUACUACUGAAUGAUAAAUAGUGGUCCUAUUCUAUACAUUCACAUUACCAAUUCAUGAAUGAUUAAUUAACUUUUAAAUUAAACUGUUACUAAUUGAAAAGUUGUCUAAAUAUAAUAUAACUUCUAAUUACUAGAUUUUAUUCUAUAUGCUAUUGAAGGUAUAACAUUGAGUAUUAUUGAUAGACUCAAUCAAUUCGGGGUAUACAUUGAUUUGUGUUUGAAGAGAUAACCAGUUCAGUAUUUCUAACAUAAUAUGACUAGUAUUUACUAUGAAAUUGUCAGAUAAACUUUUGUACUUUUUGGGAGACUUGUGGUAUUCAAAAAAAAAUUAUGCUAGGAUAGAACAAAAGAACUUCAUUACUCUGAUUUUUAUCAACUAUGUUCAUUUAACAUUAAAUCAUAAUUAAAAAGUAAUCAUGUCAUAAUAUAGUUGAUCAUUUUUUUGUUUUUUGUUUUUUGUUUUGAAAAGUAAAAUCAUGCUCACUAAUUUCAAUCACGAAUCAAAAAAUAGUCUAACAAAAUAUUCCUGGGUUAUUUCUAUUACAAUGGUAAUCCAAAUGGAUGUUCAUAUCAUUUCAAAUUUUAUAUUCCUUGAUUUCAUUAGUUAUUUUUGAGAACCAUUCUUUAUGUUUAAUUCUUCUGGGUCAAUUCAUUUACUUUCCUCUUGAUAAACUGAGAUGUAAAUUUACGUAAAUUGAACAGAUGAGAAUAUUUAUUGAACUUAAUAGUGUUUAUAACUCAGUCAUGUUAAAAUUGAUCAAUUAUGCUAUUCUAUUAAACACUAAAUUGUACAGGUUAGACAAAUCAAGAUUAUAAGUUACAGAAAAUUAUCAUCAUCCGAAGCAUCAUCAUCAUCAUCAACAACAACAAUAACAGCCGAUUUCUGUCUUACCAUUUGGUUGAUGAUGCAUACUCUGGAAGAGAAAAAAAGUGUUACUCAACGUAAUAUUUACACGGAAAACCUGAAAUUGACAUCGGAACACUUGAAUUCGAACAAUUUACUGAAUAAUUUAGCACUAUGGAAUUUGUUUUUCGACGGAUGUCCUGGUAAUUCACUUAGACAAAAAGAUCUUACACAACAAUAUCAAGUCAAUAAUGAUUAUUACCGUAAUGAUGAUAAACUGAUAUCUACACAAGACAUGGUAGCAGUUAAUUCAUCAAUGAAACCUAUUGAUUUAUCAAUACUGUCAACAGAUGCGAAUUCAAGAGAGAAUAUGCAACAGUGUGGAACCAUUAAUACCUUAUCUGUUGACCAGCCAAUGACAAAAAUAAAUGAAUCAUUAAUUGCAAAUCCUUAUUUAAAUUAUUACUAUAAUCCAAAGGAUAUUUCAUCGAUAUUGAAUACACUGAACAAUUUAUUAAGCAUAAAUAAUCCUUAUGUGAAAUUAAUGCACCAGUCGUCUGUGAUAAGUAAUUUAAAUACGUCACAAUCCAAAUUUUCUGUAGAUUCCACUGUGUUUUCUACCAAAGGUAACAUAAACAAUAAUGACAAUCAUGAUUCUGAAGAUGGACAAUUAAAUGCAUCAUCACCGUGGGUUAAAAAACCUAAAUUUUCAAUCUUAGAAUUAAUUAACACACCAAAUAAUGUAGUCGACAAUUCUACAACUGACCAUAGUACCAAAGUUUCUGGUACUAAAAAAUCAGGAAAUAACACAAGAAAUAAGCGUUUCAAGUGUCGGCUAUGCAAUCACACAUUUUCUACACAAACUAGCCUAUUAAAACAUACAAAUAGUUUGCAUACUGAUCAAUAUUUGAGGCAGGCAAAUUCACCAGGUGUUCCAUUAACUUCAUCAUCACCAUCAUCAGUAAAUGUAACAGAAAGUAAUGAACUAGUGAUUCAUGACAACAAAAAUGGUAAAGCAUAUCAAAAUAUGUAUAGUAUGAAUAAAUCACGAAAUGUUUUGCCAAAUACUGCUGGUAACUCAUCAAUAGGACUUAGUGUUAUUUCUUCGAACUCUAGCAGUAGAAACAAGGAUUGUUGUAAUAGUGAUUGUUCAAGUCAAAUGAAUCCUACGAUGACCCCAACAACAACAGUAACAUCUGUACCAGAUCAUCAUUAUGGACAUCCAUAUUUUUGCCAUUUGUGUAAUAAAGUCUAUUAUUCAAUGUCUGCAUUGAAAAUGCAUGUACGUACGCAUACAUUACCGUGUAAAUGCAAUUUAUGCGGUAAAGCAUUUUCACGAAUGUGGCUAUUAAAUGGACAUUUAAGAACUCAUACGGGUGAAAAGCCAUUUGCAUGUAUGAUAUGCACCAGAGCAUUUGCUGAUAGAUCUAAUUUAAGAGCACAUAUGCAAACACAUUCUGAAGUAAAACGUUAUCAAUGUCUACAUUGUGAUAGGACAUUUUCACGUAUGGGUUUAUUAACUAAACACCAAACUACUUCAUGUCUUCAACAAAUGAAAAAAUCAACAAAAUCACGAAAUAAUAAUAAUAAUAAUAAAACUACUGAAUAUAUAUUUGACAAUAAAAUUGUACCUGAAUCGAAAAAAUUAAGACAUGUUUAUUGAGGAGGAAAAAAAAAAAGAAAGAAAAUGUAAAACAAAUCACUCUUAGUGCAAUAUUUAUUACUACUUCACUAUUUGUUUUAUCAUAUAUUUAAAAGUUGAUAUUGAGUAUAAAAAGAAACAUCAUUAUGAUAACUUAAUGGAAAUUGUUUAUUCUUUUCUGAAACUUCUACCUAUAGAGGUUCCCUAUUCAAAGUGUAUAUGAAAGGAACAUAAAUUAAUAAAAAGCAACAUUCUGUAAAUGUGAUAAAGAAAUUCAAUAUUAAGUAAAUAAAUUUAGAUGUUUCAUGGGAAGAAGUCAGUCAGUCAAUCAACAACAUAGAAUUUCGUACGUACGUAUAUUAGUUCGAGCUGCUAUAUUACAUUAGCACAGAAAUACAAUUGUCGAUUCAAAUCCCGUAGCGGUAGAGAUAGUAUAGGUAUAAGCAGUAGUCGGAAAGAUUAGGGUUUGAAGAUGUUAUUUAAGGAGUAUAAUCUAGUGAAAUAAGUUUGGAAAGAGAAGAAAAGGGACGUGAAG